AUGAUGAUGGAGUCCAGUAUCAACAGCGCAACAAUCUUACCACCCUACGAAGAAGAAUUCGAAACAGUUGAUAAUCUUCAUUGGCCUCCAGAAACAGCAAACAGCAUUUAUUUGUUUUGGAUACACCAGCUUCAAGCAUCGAAAUACAGUGUUAACCCAAAAGAUAAAACGGAAGUUCACGCUAAACUCAUAGAACUGGACUAUUCUAAACUGAUGGCAUUUGACGCUAAUGGGUUGUACGCUUCAGCCAUGACAGAAGGUGAAUAUCCUAAAGCGGAAAGUGCUAGAGCGUUUCUACCAGAAGAAGAAAAAGAAUUUGUAAAACUCUUCAAUAAACAAAAAUUCAGACCUAGAACAGCUAUUUUAAAAGUCUGGUUUGAAUAUCCUACCAACAUGUUCUUUCAACCCAUACCAGCUAAAGAUAAAAUAACUUUUACGAAUAGUAUAGUUAUUCCUAAUGAAAAACAAAAGAAAGUUUUCAGAAGUUAUCUGAAUCUCGUUAAGAGAAAAGCACCAAACAGUGAAGGAAUUAUGUAUCCUUACAACGACGGAAAAGAAUUAAACAUAGAUGAAAACUAUGAAUUUGAUGAUUUCGAUUAUCUAACUAUUCAAGAAGAGAAUGAAGAGUGUUAA